AUGGCAGACUUCCUUGCUGCCCUCCUGCAUGAGGAUGGAGGCACCGACAGGCCCCAGGAGCUGUUGCAGCUGCAGAUGGUCUGCGAAUACACUGAGACGGAUGCAGAUUCAUUAGAACCUAUAGGCAGACUGCUUGCGCACCUGGCUCAUCGCGCUGAGGGCCUCCGCUUGCUCUGCUUGACCAGCAGCAAGCUGCCCACCCUGCCGCAGCUGCCAAGCCUGAAGCACCUCAUCCUGGACCAGGGCUCAAUGCCAAUCACAGCAAUCGCGCGCAGCCUGCUGGAACUCACGGCUCUGGAGACCUUGUACAUCAAAUGCGACACCGAGGAUGAGGACAAGUCAUGUGCAGCAUAUGCGGAUUGCCCAGAGUUAGCGCUUGCCACUCUUCGUUACCUGCGCCAUGUGAAUCUGAUUGGCCUGGUGCCCUCGAGGCUGACGCUGCCACCUGGCGCAGCCCUGCAUGUCACGGUGACUCAUUGGGAGGCCGCGCAUGACAGCGUGUGGCACAGCGUUCUGCCAAUGCUGCGCAGCUUCACGUGGGACGAUCCUGAUGGUGACAUGCGGGAGAUGCCUGAUCUUGUGGAAAGGGCUGGCAACAUCACCAAUAUUGAGCUCAACCUGCAGUGUAUUGGGGACGACAGACGCCCCCUGCAGGUGUUCCAGGUGUUUCAGCCAAACGUCAAAGUCAGCAUCCGCUGCUGGGUUGCUUGCAUGGAUCUUUGGGGUGGCACAUGGCGCCACAUGUCACUCGUCACCAAUCACCUGUUCCUUGACAGCUGGCAGCACCCUAGACUGGAGUACUGCUCGGACUUCUACCUUGAGUACAGCUCCCUUGAGGGAUCGCAGUCAUCCACUGCAAGGGCAUGCAGCAAGAGCAAGAAGCUGUGCAAUGGCAGGAAGUGCCUUGUGAAGGGCGCCAACCUGUACUCUGAGGACCCCAGGUGCAUAUGUGGUGCGUGCUUGAGCUGCUUGAUGGAGUCUGGGAAGAUGGUGGAUGACCCUUGCUUCCGCUGA